AGCUUUUGUCAUAGUUUAUUUAGGAACAGUACGGUGUCAUUUGUACCCGUCUGGUAGGCAGUGAUUUCGUGGGCAAGAAAAACGAGUGCUUGUGAAGCUCAUUUUGGUGCCGUUUGGUUGGUGGUGGUUGGUGAACUGUAAUCGCGACCGGGAUAUCAAGCACAGUAGGGGAUAAGUGUCGCACUGGGGAAGUAGAACAUGAUGAAACUAAAUAGGCACCGGUGGUCCCCACCUUUGUGGCGGGUUGCGUUAUUGCUGUGCAGCAUUGUGGUACUAUUUCAUAAUUCUGUAGUCUGUGGAAACGAUGAAACGGAAGCGGAAGUGCAGUCAACGCUGUCUGAUGCUGAGUUGUACGUGACGCCAAAGGUUGAUGCAAAACGAAUGUACUUUGCGGAGCAUUUCGAUGAUUUGUACGAAGGGAACGCGAUUGAGAAACGGUGGACAAAGUCAAAGGCAAAGAAAGACGACGCCGCUGACGAGGUAGCCAAAUAUGACGGCGAAUGGGCUGUGGAGCAACCGCAAAGACCUAUCCUAGCAAAUGAUUUUGGCCUGGUACUAAAAUCCAAGGCAAAGCAUGCUGCAAUUGCAUCCCAUUUAUUGCUAAAUCGGCCGUUCGUGUUCAAAGACAAGCCGUUGGUGGUGCAGUACGAGGUUAAUUUGCAAGAGGGUCAAGAAUGUGGUGGCUCUUACAUCAAGCUGCUGUCCGUUGGCGAUGGAACGAAAGAUUUGAAGCAAUUCCACGACAAAACCCCAUACACGAUCAUGUUCGGACCGGACAAGUGCGGUAACGACGUGAAGCUUCAUUUUAUUUUCCGACAUGUAAACCCGAUCAAUGGAACAAUAACUGAGAAGCAUUGCAACAAGCAAAAGGAUAGACUGGACGACCCUUUCAAGGACAAGCGCCCACAUUUGUACCAAUUAAUCAUUCGUCCGGACAAUACGUACACCAUUCGAGUUGAUCAUAAAACAGUCAACGAGGGAUCGCUGCUCACGAACUUCACUCCGGCAGUAAAUCCACCUGCGGAAAUCGAUGAUCCCGAAGAUCGGAAACCUGAAAAUUGGGAUGAUCGAGAGAAAAUCCCCGACCCCGAAGCUUCCAAGCCGGAAGAUUGGAAUGAGGAUGAACCGGCGCAAAUAGCGGAUCCAAAGGCGACGAAACCAGUUGGAUGGUUGGAUGAUGUGGAAGAAAUGAUUCCCGAUAGCUCAGCCGUGAAACCCUCCGACUGGGAUAACGAUAUGGACGGAGAGUGGGAGCCUCCUCUAGUGCCGAAUCCGUUGUGUGAAGAUGCGGUUGGAUGCGGCUUGUGGAAAGCACCGAUGGUGGCUAAUCCCAAUUAUAAGGGCAAAUGGCGUCCACCACUAAUCGCCAACGUCAACUAUCAAGGAAAAUGGGCCCCGCGCAAAAUAGCAAAUCCAGACUUUUUCGAAGAUUUGUCUCCCUUCAGAAUGACUUCAAUUGCGGCCGUGGGAUUUGAAAUUUGGUCGAUGUCUAGUGACAUCUUGUUCGACAAUGUCGUCAUUUGCGAUGAUGAAGCGGUCGCUGACGAUUGGGCAGCGCAAACAUUUGAUCUCAAAAUAAAAACUCUUGAUCGGCAAGCGCAAACACUUUGGGACCGGGGCAUGAGAUACAUCAAUUACAAACCGGCCUAUUGGGGAGCUUACUUUGUUUACUGUUCGAUACCACUGAUUGCAUACGUAUGGUUCCUUUGGUCUCGACGAGAUAAAAAGGCGGAUGCGAAGGCCCAAGUUGGACGUAGAAAGAAGAUGGAUGAUUAUCCCGUGGGUGGAGAGGAGGAACAAGACGACGGAGCAUCUACUGGAGAAGCAGAACAGGAAGGAGAGGUUUCGGAUAAAACCAAGCUGAAUUCUGGGUCAUCUGACACGAUCGUAACACGAUCCGCUAGUAGUGCCGGAGAAGCUUACGCCGCAGAGCAGGAUGAAGGCGACGAUGAUGAAGCAGAGGAGGACGAUGAGGUGCUUGAGGAAGCUCCUCAAACGGUGGCACCUGAAGAAGAUGGCACCUCUAGCGACACGCCAGUAGAUAGUAAGCACGUGGAAGGUGGUGAAGGCCUUAAAAAGCGGAAAGCUCGGAAAGAUUAGUGAACAGAUCUUUACAAGAAGAAAGCAUGGAAGGGAAAAGAAUAGUUAAUUUGAUUGAAUUACGUGUGUGGGAGGCAAGAUUUUAGAGCUAGCUACGGUCUUUCCUUAUAAUAUAAUGGAAUAAUUUUCAUAAAACAUUCUUUCUGUCGCAAUUUGCUUCAUCGUUUGCGAUUCCAACACAAAUACACCAUUGUUUCUCAUUUGGUAACAGAGUUUUUGAUAGCGCAACAGAAAUGUUGGCAUUUUAGUCUUAAAAUUUACUAGAAAGUUCUAGAAAGUGUUUUUCGAGCACGACGUUGCGUGAAACAUUUGAUGGGUAGUACAUUAGCAUUGAAUAGAAAUGAUUUUGUUUGGUUGUAUGUGACGAGCCUAGAUGGCAGAAUUCUUUCCUUCCUGAAGCUCUUUGUAUGCAAUAUGGAGGUGUUAAAUAAGACCAAAUAACAUAUAUUUAUCUAUGUGGCGUUAGAGUGUGAAAUCGAAAACAAAAAGAAAAUUAGUGUAGGAAUGAUUACAAAACUCUUUUUGAAUAUGUUCUGCACCAAAGCGAAGAGAUGGUAAAGCUUAAUCAACAUGUUUGAUGAGAAUACAUUACAUGGCAUGAGAAUGCAAAGUAAUGAUUAUCUUUUUUUCCUAUUCCACUGAAUGAGUUUUUUUCUGUGUAACUGUAAGUCGCUUGAUACGUUUAAUUUCCCAUUUCUUAGUUCAACACUUUUCGCUUGCUAAGGUUAUGCUUAACUGAAAACUAUCUCAUCCUAGAAUAGCAAGAUUUAAACAUGGUGUUGAUACAGCUGUAAGAAUGGUGUGCUCCAAGUCGAGGAAAAGAAAGAAGAAAUCGCAAGCACGCAUGAACCAACCAUUAAUAAAACCAUCAAUAAAGAGUAAC